AUGGCUCAACGGAAGCGUGUUCUUUGGGAUGAGGAAAAUCUCGAGGAGAACGAGGAGUACCGGCGCCUGCACCCGGUGACGAUGCGCAUAACGGAGCCAAAGACACCGUACGCCUACGAGGAAUUCGACGAGGAGGGCAACUUUAUCGACGGCUCGAAGGAGGCGAACGCUGAAACGGGCACCACGUGGGACCCAAAGGUGAAUGCGCUCGUGCGGCAUAUGAAGGAGGAGUUGGCAAGGGAGAGCGAGGGGCCUGUCGCACCGGUCAGCUCAACAGGCCGGCCAAUGCUUUCGGUCGGCGUCACGGACGGUGAGUUGCUGGAGAAACGGCACUCGGAGGAGUUCAAAACAAUGCGCAGGGCUGUGUACGCGGACGAGGGGGCGAAUUUCAAGGCGCUGCUGGCCCACAAAUGCGACGAUGACGUCGAUGACGAAGAUGAAGACGAUGCCGAGAGCGAGGAAGAAGAUGAGGAUGGUGACGACAACGAGGAAGGUGGUGCCGGUGGUGGCGACAACGAGGAAGGAGAUGACGGUGAUGGCGACAACGAGGACAACUAUAACUACGAGAAGUAUAUCGAGGAAUAUGGUGCCGGUUCAGAUGACAGCGACGAUGACGGUUAA